UGCACUUACGAUGCAGAGUGUGUCAUUCCUAAACUUAGACCCAAGCCAUGGUUCAACACAACCAGUGGUUCUGUGGUUGGUAGUCCAGACAGCUUAAUUUGUGAGUGUAAAGAUUUGUUUUACACAAAUGGAACAAAAUGUCACCCAUGUAAGUUCAUUCUGAUUUGUAAAAAAAACUAUAUUUACCAUUCCCUACCUUUUUUUUAGUUAUAUUAUUUUUAAAGUAUUUGAACAAUUAAUAUGAACUUAAUUGAAGACCCUGGCGCUAAACCUAAAAAGUACUUAAUUCAUAAUAAAUAUGAACUUAAUUGAAGACCCUAGCGCUAAACGUAAAAAGUACUUAAUUCAUAAUAAAUAUGAACUUAAUUGAAGACCCUAGUGCUAAACGUAAAAAGUACUUAAUUCAUAAUAAAUAUGAACUUAAUUGAAGACCCUAGCGCUAAACGUAAAAAGUACUUAAUUCAUAAUAAAUAUGAACUUAAUUGAAGACCCUAGUGCUAAACGUAAAAAGUACUUAAUUCAUAAUAAAUAUGAACUUAAUUUAAGACCCUAGCGCUAAACGUAAAAAGUACUUAAUUCAUAAUACAUAUGAAGUUAAUUUUUUUUUUAAAUGUGUUUAGGCUUUUUAAAAAAAAUGAUCACAAGAUCUUCCCCUUUUGAGUGGUUCUCAUAUUUAGCAACAUGUUCUUGGCCUCCUCAGCUAAAGGACCCGGAAAGCCUUGCACAGGCUUAGGGCAGUGUGUCCACAAUGCAGAGUGCCAGACCCCCUACGGCGGUGUGUGUCUAUGCUUUGAGACUCACUAUUCUGAUGGGAAUUCAUGUCCACAAAAGAAGCCCCCCAUGGAGCCUUGCACACAAGAUCAUCAGUGUGUUUUUAACUCAUCCUGCGACAAGGUGGAAGGUAAAUAAUUUUAUUGUUUCACUACUUUCUCAUUGUUCAUUUUUAUUUGGACCAGCUUACUUCUUUUUUUUUUUUUAGGUUUAAAUAUCUUUUUUUUCACUUAGAACCAGGAAGAUGACUGUCAAGUUCUGGUUUUGUAUAUUACUCCACCAAUGGUGGAGAUGGCCAAUGGGCAUGCAAGAGUUAACUAAUGGGCAUGCUAGAGUUGACCAAUGAUGGCAUGCUAGAGUUGACCAAUGGGCAUGCUAGAGUUGACCACUGUGGUAUGAAUGCUACAGGACACGACCCUUUGAUUCAUUGCGUGGUGUUCUCAGGAUACAAAAGCCCGUCCAGUGAAAUUAUAAAAGAAGUCUGGGAACAUAAUUAAGAAUUCUCACAGUCCAUAGUGGUGUGCAUUUCUGGUCGGACAGCACUACCCACUGAAAUCCUCCACUCAUAUGGUGUCAAGGGGAAACUCUUAAUGUAGUAAAUAAUUGAGAGAUGUCAAAGAGGGUUAUGCAUUCUUCCAAUCCAGCUUAAUUGAGCUUUUUAGACUUAUUUUAAUUAUUUUGUGAUUACUUUUUUCAGAUGUUUGCAGAUGUAAAAAAGGAUUUUUUGAAACCUCCACCG